AUGGUCGAUGAAAAUCAUGUGAAGUUGAGCGAAGUUCAAUUAAUCAGCUCGGAAUUCGGUUUACCGCUUGAUGAUUGUUUCAAAGGCGCUGUUCAAUGUUAUAAAGGUAUUUUCUUGUUUCUAUGGAAAAAAAAUCACGUUUUUAUGCUGGACAUCAAUGAAAAAUCUUGCAGAAUACACAAAAACUGAAAGCUUGCCAGUUCCUUAUGAGGAGCGCAUUAAGAUUUUGGCGCUUAACAAAUUUAUUCAAAAUGGCGCGUUCACCAAUGAAAAUGAUGAUGCGGGAUGGUUCAAUUUGACUGGAAAUGAUGUUAAGUGAGUUUUUCGGGGAAAUUUCUGUUUGAAGAUUGUCCUGGAUAUUGAAAUUUGGGCUCGAAACUGGAUAUUCAGACUCUGGUGGCCUAGAAAACCAAAUGUGGGCUAGAAAUAUGAACAAAUAGUCUGGAAAUCGCGAAUUCUAGUUUUCAUUACCUGAUUUUCUGUGUUUUUUUGGUCUAGAAAUCGAAUUUCCCUUCAAAACUCGUCCAAAAUCCCUAAUUUGUAUGUUUUCCCCCAAUAAAAUUCAAUUAGCCCAACUUUUGAUUAAGAAGCCAAAGAAAAACAAGUUUUUUGUGCAUUUUCCUCUCAAAACGACUAUUGUGAGCCCUCUUUAGCCGCAAAAAUUGAAUUUUCUCGAAAAUUCGAUGUUUUUCAACAAAAAUUUCUAUUUUUGUGUUUUUAUUUUUUCUCAAAUGAAAAUUGGAAAAAAUCUGGACGAAAUUGAAUUUUCUUUGCUUUGUUUCUUCAAAAGGAAAUGAAUUUCGUCCUUUUUUGAGAGAAAAAAAUUCCACCAAAAAAGGAACAAUGUUGUUCCAUUUUUUCGCACUAAUCCUCUUGUAAAACACAAUUUUUCGAGAAAAAUUGAGGAAAAUUUUUUUGACUGCGCGAAAAUUGAAUUUUUCUCUUUUCGCCUUGAAAUUUGAUUUUCUCGAGAGUUGUUACACUUUGAGAGUUUAGUGAGUGACGAAAAUUUGAUUUUUUCCUAUUUUUUUUGAGAAAUAUCUUUGAAAACAGCCUUAUUCUUGAAAAAAUAUGAGUUUUUUCUAAUCCCCCAUGGAAAAAUGACAUUUUGAGCUGAAAAUCUGGAAUUCCCGAUUUUGAGCUCAAAAAUCAUUUGAAAUUGGUUCUUUUAAACUGGAAAUAUGCUGAAACUCCAGGAUUUUGACUGAAAGUUCGAGGUUUUCUUGAAUUUUCAGCCAAAAAUCUAGAUUUUUAGCAUAGUUCCAGCUUGAAAAUGGCUGAGAUGCGGAAACUAUGCCCAAAUUUUUCUUUUUUUUUCCGAAGGCGAGGUGAAAAAACGCUCAUAAAUCAUGAGGAAUUGAAAUUUUCACCACUUUUUCCCCCACUAUUUUUCACACACCCAUGGGACACUUUUUUUCCUCUCAGCCGUUUUGUGACGAGCGAAUUUUAGUCACUUUUUUUCCUGUUUUUUUUCUGGACCCCUUGAUUUUUUUUGGUGACUCAAAAAUUGUAGAUUGAGUAGGGGGACCUAGUUUUUUUGUGGCCGGGGGAAGCGGAAAAUUGAAUUUGUGUCCCAAAAUCCGAAGAAGAAGGAAGAAAAGAUGACUAAAAGCCUGCGAAGAGAAGAAUGCUAAUAAGGGGCGGCAUGUGGCAAAAAAGACAAAAUUUUGAGAGAGCCGCGUUUUUGGCACUUUUUUUGUGGGAAUUUUUGUGGGUUUUUCUAGCCAAAAAAUCUAGAAUUUUUCAGGUUCUCUCGUGAGUCUGUAUAAAAAUUGAGUUUUUAUGCAGAAAUUUUGGAUUUUUGAUGAACUGAGUUAUUUUUUAUGCUCUGAAUGGGUUUUCGAGCCACUUUUUUGAAUUUCAGCUAAAAAAUCUGGAAAUUUGAGUCCUUUUCCAUGUUUUUGAGCAAGGUUUGUAUGACACAGACUAAUUUCUAGCAAAAAAUCUUUAGCUGAAAAUCACCUAAAAUUUUUAGGCUAAAAAUUCGAAAUUUCAACCAAUUAUCAGUUUUAAGCUUAAAAAUCUGGGAAUUCGGUUCCUAAACCAAUGUUCUAGGCUAAUUUACACCCAAAAAUCUUGGUUUUCUAGGUUUUUAUAUCCCAGGACCGUAUUUUUGUGAUUUCAUUGACCAAUGCUAGUUUUUAGCCGAAAUUUGGAAUUUUUCGGUCUCCAGAUGACAUUUUUUUCGGAAAAUUUAGAUUUUCAGUCUAGACAUAUUUUUCAACUUCUCUCCAAAAAUCAUCUGAAACUCCACAAAAAAACCCAUAAAAAUGUACUUUUGUCAUCAUAAAAAGUUGAUAUUUUUAUUACUAUUAUACUUUUUUGAGCAGGAAAUGUGCAUUUUUUGGACCCGAAACAUGUUUUUUUGUUGAGUUUUUUGGACGGAAAAUUGAGAACUUUCAGAUUUUUCUCAAAAAUCUGAAAGAUUACAAUUUUCUAGUCAUUCUUUGGCUUCUUUUUCGAAAAAUUGAUUUUUGUGAUGAAAUUCUUUUUUUUUGGAUUUGGAACGCAAAAUAUCGGAUUUCCGAUGUUGUUUUUUAUGGGAGGGAAAUUUGAGAUUUUUGUAGAAUUUUAAGCGAGAAAUUUGAAUUUCUAGCUGUUUUUCCAGCUGAAAAUGAGAUUUUUGAGCUGAAAUUCUAAGAAAAUUUGAAAUUUGAAAAUUGUUUUGGCGCUAAAAUUUAGAGAAUUAAAAUAUUACAGCAAUCUUUUCAAGCGGAAAUUAUCGAUUUUUAAUGCAUUUUUGACUUGAAAUCAUUAUUUUUACCAACUCGGGGAAAAAGUAGCAAGACUGGCGACAAAAAAUAGGCUUUUAGCCAGCUUGCGACCAUUUUUAGUAAGCUUGCUACAAUUUUUAUAAUGGGAAAAAAUGUAGCAAGCUUGCUAAAAAUGGUCGCAAGCUGGCUAAAAGUCUAUUUUUGUCGCCAGACUUGCUACAUUUUCUCCGAGAAAUUCCAAACUAAUUUUCAGCAAAAAGUGGCGUGAACUUGGCGAUUUGUCGCGCGACGAAGCAAUGGCCUCUUUUGUGUUUCUCGUCGAUCGAGUAUGUCCGCCGUUCAAAGGAUUCAUUGCCGACAAAAAUCGAGCGAUGUGAGUUUUGGGGCGGGAAAUUUGAAUUUUCAGUGAAAAAUUGAGUUUUUCUGAUUUUUUUUUGGUAAAAAAUGGUAGAAAAUUCAAACCUCACCCAAGACCUGGAAUUCCAGGUGGGCAAUUUUUUUUUUUCGAAAAACCUAGGUGGGCAAAAAAAUUUUUAGGAUAUUUAAGGCGAGCCUCAGGCGGGCAAAAUUUUUUAGGGUGUUUAAGGCGAGCCUCAGCUGGGCAAAAUUUUUUAGGGUCUUUAAGGCGAGCCUCAGGUGGGCAAAAUUUUUUAGGGUCUUUAAGGCGAGCCUCAGGUGGGCAAAAUUUUUUAGGGUCUUUAAGGCGAGCCUCAGGUGGGCAAAAUUUUUUAGGGUCUUUAAGGCGAGCCUCAGGCGGGCAAAAUUUUUUAGGGUGUUUAAGGCGAGCUUCAGCUGGGCAAAAUUUUUUAGGGUUUUUAAGGCGAGCCUCAGGUGGGCAAAAUUUUUUAGAGUCAUUAAGGCGAGCCUCAGGUGGGCAAAAUUUUUUAGGGUCUUUAAGGCGAGCCUCAGGUGGGCAAAAUUUUUUAGGGUCUUUAAGGCGAGCCUCAGGUGGGCAAAAUUUUUUAGGGUCUUUAAGGCGAGCCUCAGGCGGGCAAAAUUUUUAGGGUCUUUAAGGCGAGUCUCAGGUGGGCAAAAUUUUUUAGGGUCUUUAAGGCGAGCCUCAGGUGGGCAAAAUUUUUUAGGGUCUUUAAGGCGAGCCUCAGGUGGGCAAAAUUUUUUAGGGUCUUUAAGGCGAGCCUCAGGUGGGCAAAAUUUUUUAGGGUCUUCAAGGCCAGCCUCAGGUGGGCAAAAUUUUUUAGGGUCUUCAAGGCCAGCCUCAGGUGGGCAAAAUUUUUUAGGGUCUUCAAGGCCAGCCUCAGCUGGGCAAAAUUUUUUAGGGUCUUCAAGGCCAGCCUCAGGUGGGCAAAAUUUUUUACUAGGUGGGCAAAUUUGGUAAAUAAACCCAGGUGGGCAAUUUUUUACCCACUUCUCCAGGUUCUUGGGUGAGGUUUGUAGAAAAUUGCAUGGAAAAUGAGGUUUUGACGAUUUUUAAAUAUAAUAUUCGGGUUUGGCUCGAAAUUUCAGGGUUUUUGGGCUCAAAAUUGCUACAGUGAACCUCCAGAACUUUUUGUGUAAAUGUCGAAAAUUCCAAAAAAAAAAAAAAAUACGUUUCCAAAAUUUUAUGAUCCAAUUUUGAAAAUUUUGAAUUUCAUUAAAAAGCUUCUGGUAAAAAUUGGAUUUUGAAUCGAAAUUUUGAUUGGAAAUCCGAUUUUUAUUGAAAAUUUGAGAAAAUUGGAUUUUUGGCUUCAAAAAUGUGUCUAUCGAUUCCCUUUUCCCCCGGCUAAUCCUAUUUUUUCCAUUAGUUUUCGCUUCUUCUUUUUUUUUUACUAGAAUAGAAUAUUCCUCUUGUUUUUUCCCACCGCAAGAAAUAUGUGAAUAAAAGAGCUCCUCCCCCUGCUCUUUUCCUCUCGUUUUUUUUCUGCUCAUAUUGGCUUUUAUCGAUUUUUACUAGCUCGUUUUUGAGUGCUCGUUUUUCAGAGAAUUUUUUGAUGGAAAUUGAUGAUUUUAAGCUAUUUUUAUCUAGAAUUUUAGACAGAAAUUCCACGUGGAUUUUUAGAGCUAAAGCCGAAAAUUUUCUAGAUGUUUUCCACCUAACAAAACUGGAUUUUUAGCUGUUUCCCAACCAAUUUUUUUCCAGCAAAGACUCGGAGCUCAAAGAAUUCACGCCGGCCAAAGUCACCGAACAAUCGGCUCGAAAUCCCUCACUUCAACAAGUCGAUCAUCGUCUCUACGAAGAUCAGCGAAAACAAAUUCAGGAAGCGCUCAACGCUCAGACUUUUCAUCAAUUUUCCGCCUACGCUCAACAACAAUUUCCGGGAGAGCCUGAGCAGGUAAGAAGUGUGCCAGAGUUGCGAAAAGGGGCGUGGCUUAAUUUCCGAAAAUUUUCAGCAAACCAACUUGAUUCGACAACUCCAAGAGCAACAUUUUCAACAAUACAUGUCGCAGGUGAAUUUUUUGGAUAUUUUUUUUUCAGAAAAUUAGAGUUUUGAGCCUUAAAUUGGGUGAUUCUGGAAUUUAACAUGAGCAAUUUUUGAGCUGAAAUUUGAUGAUUUUUGACCUGUUUUUAACUUGAAAAUGAUCUCUAUUUUGUUCAAAGAAAUAUUAAAACUAAUUUAUUCUAUCAAAAAUAGUAGGUGAUAAGAAACAUUUCGAUUUGUACAGUUUUAUUUGUAGUGUUGAGAUAUUCCGCGCAUUUUUCUCCAAAUUUUGUCCGCGUUUUCUUGUUGGCUGGUCUAAAUGAGUUUCAGUGAAAAAAAAAUGGAAAUUUGUUCAAAAAAUAUUUUUGGAAAAACUCACGAUCAUUAAAAAUCAAUACUAAAGUACUGUAGUGUAGAUACAGUUAUACAAAAAUAUACAAAUGAAUAUGUUUUAGAAGGUGAUAAAGGUCAUUCAAAAAAGGGGCGGAGUCUAUAUUCGGGAAGAGAUAUGUUAUCUAUUUCACCAUCUUACUGUAAUUAAUCACAUUUAAAAAAUGACACGUAAUGAUUAUCUUAUUUUGUAGUCGUGAUUAUCUCAUUUCUCAAUUUGAAUAUGGAUUUUUCACCUGAAAUUCGGAGAUACCUUAACAUGAGCAAUUUUAACUCAAAAAAUCUCAAUUUCUAGCUUAAAAUGAGCAAUUUUUCAGCCAAAAUUUGUAAUUUUCACCAGAAUUCUUCAUUUUUCAACCAAAAAUCUGAAAUUUGCAGGUCUACGCUCAACAAUCCGCUACACCAAAUGGCGAACAAUCUCAAAUGAGCAACGAGGAGCAAAUUCAGCACCAAACCAAACGAGACGAUGAUUCGGAUUUGUCGGAUGAAGAAGCUGGAGAGGAUUUACCAUGUGAGUGAUUUUUUACCAAAAAUUCACGAUUUUUCAUGAUUUUUCACCUAACAUUCACGAUUUUUCAUGAUUUUUAAGCUAAAAAAUCACUUUCAGAGUGUUUUUUCCUUCUAACCUCUCCUAAUUCUUCUAACACCUUCCAAUUUUCCCGAUUCUAAUCUACUUUGUAGUGUCUUCGAUUCAUGCACACAUGGGCCUCUUCUGUCACUGUAUGUUAAAUUAAAAAAGUAGAACUUUGCAUGCGAAGUGAUGUGAUUUUUGUGCUUUUUCAGCCCGAGAUCGUAAUUUUGAGACUAAAUAUGCCUGGGGGCUUUUUUCUGGGCUCAAGAGCUUUAUUUUGAGCCCAAACAAGCCCGGAUCAAUUUUUCGGGCUCACAGGCUUCUUGUUGAGUCUAAACAAGCCUGAAAUAGAAAAUGAGCGCCGCCCCUUUUUCAGAAGCUCAAGAGCUUCAUCCCAAAUUCACCCUGGAAAAACUGCCAGGCUUGCAAAAGGGGCGGAGCCUAUUUUUCAUCGCAUGCUUUUUUUUUGUAAAUUUUUCUUUCCCCUGUCAAUAUUUUGUGUUUGUGAAAAAUUGCUUGAAAAUUUAACCAGAAAAUUCGCGCCUAGGCCUAAAUUUCAGGCCCCAGUUAGGCCAAGCCAUUCUAGGCCCCCAAAUAAUCCACUGAUUCCAGCAAAUCCUGCGAUUUCACCAGCCUCACUCUGGAAUCGUCAAGACAUCAACGAAUUCAAGGCGACCAUCAAAAAAGAUGGAGCCGAGGGCAUAAUUAAAGUUGGACACGGUGAAACUGUCACCGUCCGAGUACCCACACACGAAAAUGGAAGUUGUUUGUUCUGGGAAUUUGCCACCGAUCACUAUGAUAUUGGAUUUGGUGUGUAUUUCGAGUGGAGUUUGGCGGAUUCGAAUCAGGUACGGAAAUUUCAGCCGAAAAAUGUCUGGAAAUCCCCACAAAAACCAUUUUUUCUCCAGGUUUCCGUUCACAUUUCCGAAUCCGACGACGAAGAUGAUUAUGAUGAGCAACAGGCCGAAGAAGAAGCACUUGGAAAUGGCGGAGGUAAUUUGGGUGCAAAUGGUGGAGGAGCGGGCGAUGUUGAAAGCGGAGCACAAAUUCAGAGAAGGUUGGUGUAAUUUUGGGCGAAAAUUUAGGAUUUUUGAGCCAAAAUUGAGCUAGAAUUAUUUUUCAUCUGAAAAUAUUGUAUUUUUGCAGUCGCCCACAAGAUCCGAACAAGCCGAAACAGGAUGAGAUUAUUCCGAUUUAUCGAAGAGAUUGUCAUGAAGAGGUUUGGUUUUAUUUUUGAAAUUUUUAAUGGAAAAUGUGGAAAUCUAGAUGAAAAUUCAAGAAAAUUCCAGAUUUACCCCAAAAUUCCCCAUUUUUGCAGGUCUACGCCGGAUCUCAUCGUUAUCCAGGCCGCGGUGUCUAUUUGCUGAAAUUCGACAAUUCCUACUCGCUCUGGAGAUCCAAAACUCUUUAUUAUCGUGUUUAUUACAGCAAGUAA